CCACACGAAAAUUCUAUGAAGUUCAGACGUUUAAUUGUCCUUGAUCAUCAAAGUUAUAUCGACCGUCCAUUCUCCGAUGUACUCAUCCUGGCCGUCCACCGCUACGAGCCUUCUCCCCCUCGUACGCAUACGCGAAACGCCCCCCCACCGCCGCCGCCGCCGCCGUAUUCCUCCUCCGCUCCUCCCUUCUCAAGCAAACCACCGGACCUCCCUCGUCUCCGCAUCCGGUCCACCCCUCGCUGCUCGGGAAUCAUCAGAAAGGAGGAGGAGGAUAUGCCGCUGGGACUGAUACUGAGCUCGCUCGGAAGGUCGAUGCGGCGUAAGCGGCUGUCCUCGCUCGGCAUCCUCUCCUCCAAGAGGGCGCCUCGGGAUUACUACAAGGGGAAGAACUGCAAGCCCACCGGGUUCCACACCCGCAAAGGUGGAUAUGUUAUGGUGGAUGAGAAGUUGCCAAGAUUUGUGGUCCCUGACUUGACUGAUUUCAAGUUGAAGCCGUACGUGUCACAAUGUGCCAGGGACAUCACAGCGUCAUCGGCAUCCUCCACUUCAGCAGAGACUAGUGAAAACAAGAAGUGAUCUUAUGGAUGCUCUAGGCAUUGUUUGUGUUUUGCAAGAACGCAGAGCAUCUUUGCAGUUAUGCUUUUCUUAUGGUGAAAACAAGAACUGAUCUUAGUGCAUGUAGCUUCAUCGUCUGCUGCAUGUUGACUAUUAUUUAGCUACAUCUUUUUUGUAAGAGAACUUGAUAGGCAGCAUAUAUUAUCUGAAUUGUCUGUUACAUGUUAGCUGUUUCUCUGGCUCUAAUAAACGUCCAUGUCUGGAGGCAUAUGCAUGAGGUGAUGCCACUGGUUGCAAAUUUGCUGUGAUAUAAAAGUGAGAUUUGAUCA